AUGGUUCAAGCCAUGCACCAAAGAACAAAAGCUGGAUGUGAAGAUAUCGUUCAUGAUGCUAUAAGUACUUGUCCUGUUCAAGCCAAUGCAAAUUAUAUCACUAGAAACUAUUUAAAAAAUUUUAGACAAUGGGUGCUUUGGGCUCGCCAGCAUUUAUCGCUUCUUCUUCAAAUCACUUCUACUAAUUCUCUGGAAUCAUUUCACAUGUGUUACAUUCUUUUAGAACUUGAUAACAAAAAAAUGAUGGCUGCCAAAGAAACUGCUAUCAAUUUUCGUACUAAAAGAAUUUCUCUUGCUAAUAUUAGGCCAGAAAUUCUCACUGAGGUUCAUAAAUUUCCUUUUCCUUUUCAAAAACUUAUCGCAGAAGAAGUACAUGCUGUCACAAAAAGACUUGAAGAAGGAAAGUGCUUACCUAACCUUGAAAAAGCUUGGAGCAGAUUUCAAAGAACAUUCGAAGAAAGUGACAUAGAAGUAUAUCAAACCUGUUGUAUUGUGGAAGUACCUGUUGUUCAGAGAUCUCCAGCAAAAAAAGUGGCAGAAAAAAGCCAAUUAAAAAUGAGUGAAUUAUUUGAAAGAACUCAGGACUGCUACUAUAGGUUGGCAGAGAAAAGCAAAGAUGAGGCAUCAUAA